AGUCUUAAUUAAUAUUAUGUUCCUUAAAUCCGAAGAAGAAGAAUCAAUACGUCCGAUCAAUCAAUUGAAUCUAUGGCGAUAGCUAUGAGACUCCCGGCGAUAUCUAGAGCGGUGACGGAAGUGGCUUCGGCUCCGGUUGGUUUGAGACGACUGUUCUGUUCAAAUGCUUCAAGGUUCUCUUUUCUGUCUCCACAAGCUGAAUCCCAAACACCGGCUCGUCCUCAGGCUGAACCUAGCACCAAUCUCUUCGUCUCCGGGCUUAGUAAGCGCACCACUUCUGAAGGACUUCGGACCGCUUUUGCUCAGUUUGGAGAAGUUGCUGAUGCUAAGGUUGUCACAGACAGAGUAUCGGGAUAUUCCAAAGGGUUUGGAUUUGUUAGAUAUGCAACCUUAGAAGAUUCUGCAAAAGGCAUCGCUGGAAUGGAUGGGAAGUUUCUUGAUGGCUGGGUCAUAUUCGCAGAGUAUGCAAGACCAAGAGAGCAAUCGCAGCCAUAUCAACCUCAGAACAACAUGUCUCGUCCUCCAUACUACGGUAACCGCUAGAGAAACAGCUUUUUUCGAUUCUUAUGAAUCUUUAUAUUCAUAUUUAUGCUUCAUUGUAUCAUUUUCUAUGAUCGAACUGUUGUGCUUCGUCUCUUGUUAUGGUGAUGCUAGAAUACGAAUAAAUGUGUUAUAUACUG